AUGGUCUCACACAAACUGUCGUCCUACCUGGAAGAGAAAGGGAUCCACUAUAUUCGUACAGCUUUCUAUAACACAGCUGCCAAUGGCGGGGUGGAACGGCUGAAUCAGUCCUUAAAGAACGGAAUCAGGGCGCACCUCGCCCAAGGGUGCAUAGUCAAUAUCAGCCUCCUCCAGACACCACUACACUAUUGCGCCACCCCACAUGCCACCACUGUAGUCUCCCCAGCCUCCCUCAUGCGAGGACGGGAGCUUCAGCUACCUCUGAAUAGGCUCUACCCUGCCCUGUCCUGGCCCACGCUCCAACUCACCCAGUUCAAGCCACAGCCAACACAUAACCUGUCCAGGUCAGCCGAGAGCUCGGCCCAACAACAUUCAGGCUCAUUGAUGGCCCUCAUUGGCAUGCUAGCCACCUGCACAAGAUCACCCAAAAUGGAUUUAGAGACUACAUUGAAGGAGUGCUCUGCUGCCCUUGACUUGUUUCUCAAUAACAAGUUCUCUAAAGCACUGGCUGUCUUAGAACCCAGAAAGAACGAGAGUAUUUACCAUGCAACAGGCUACAGCAGUAUCUUGGUGAUGCAGGCAGGCAUGACCUUUGAACCAAAAGACAUAGAAGCCGCCAUGACGUCACUGAAGGAGUCUCAACAAAUAUGCCAGAGAUUUCGAAAAAAGACUGGAAUUAUGGAAACCAUAACAAACCUGUGGAAUCGGCAAUCAGACGACAACCAGACAGAAGAGGAGAUGCAUGCAGAGCUGUGCUAUGCUGAGGUUCUUCUGCAGAAGGCAGCUCUCACUUUCUUAGAUGAGAGUGUAAUUAGCUUCAUCAAAGGAGGCAUGUGGAUCCGAAACAGUUAUCAGAUUUUUAAGAAUUGCCAAGCCAUGGCUGAUAUCUCUGAAAACAGAGAAGACUGUGGGAAAACACACAUUCAUUUCAGAGGUGGUGUCAACAUGGGCAUUGGAUCAUUCAACCUGAUGCUGUCUAUGCUCCCAUCCAGAGUCCUCAAAUUGAUGGAGUUUUUGGGCUUUUCUGGAGACCGGGAGGUCGGUUUGUCACAGCUAAGAGAGGGGGCAGCCAGCAACAACUUACGCUCCAUCCUCAGCACCCUAACUCUGCUGAUGUUCCACCUCUACAUCAGUGUAAUACUAGGUACUGGUGAAGUUGAUCUGUCAGAAGCUGAAGCUCUGCUUCAACCAUAUGCUACAAAGUUCCCUAAUGGGGCCCUUAUUCUUUUUUACACUGCAAGAAUUUCUUUGCUUAAAGGAAACUUCACAUUUGCCCAGGAAAUGUUCUUGGCAUGCAUUGCAGCACAGCAAGAGUGGCGUCAAAUUCACCAUCUGUGCUACUGGGAGCUGACAUGGGCCUACUGCUUUGAGCAAAACUGGAGCGAAGCCUACCGUUACGCUGACGUGCUCUGCAAAGAGAGCAAAUGGUCCAAGGCCAUCUACGUAUUCCAGAAAGCUGCAAUUUUAAGCAUGCUCCCAGAGCAAGAGGUAAAGAGGACGGGAGAAAAUGUAGGAGAGUUAUUCAGACAGGUGGAUAGCCUCAGACUGAGAAUUGCUGGGAAGUCUAUUCCAACGGAGAAGUUUGCAGCAAGGAAGGCACAGCGAUACCUCUCUUCUAACCCCGUGAAACUAGUCGUCCCUGCCCUGGAAAUGAUGUAUGUAUGGAAUGGCUUCACAAUAGUUGGCAAAAGAUCAGAGUUGACUGGGAGCAUCCUGGCCACCAUAGAGAGAGCAGAGCAACAGCUUAAGGAUGAAUCAAACCCUUCAGAGUAUCACCUUGAUGACCGAUGUGUCGUCCAGUUACUGAAGGGCCUGUGUCUCAGGCAGCUGGGACACCUUGUCCAGGCUGAGCUCUGCUUUAAGCAUGUCAUUUCCAGUGAAAAUGAUAUUAAGUAUGACAAAUAUCUGGUGCCAUUCGCCACAUAUGAGAUGGGCCUGCUUCAUAGGGACAAAGGUGAUACAGAUAAGGCCAUCUCACUGUUGGAAAAAGCCAAAAUGGACUACAAGGACUACAACAUGGAGUCAAAGUUACACUUCCGCAUUCAUGCAGCACUCAACACCAUGGGCUCUUACCCCAGUAACCUUCCAGCCUUGCGUAUGCCAGCUUGA